AUGUCACAAGAUGACCAUGUGGCAUACAUUGCACUGUCCAACAUAUACAGUGUGGCCGUGCUGCAGCUCUUUGCGAUUUGGCAGAUGAAUAACUUUGAUAUGACCCAACAUCUGCACAUGGCUGCCCUGGAGAUGGCGACCGAUGCAUGGCACCCUGUCACCACCAUCGGCAAUCUCACAUCAAGGAUCAACCACAAGUGCACUUCAUCUAUCACCCCACCCACUCCCGAGCACGCGGUGCCAGCAGUUCCUGCACACCAGCUAUGGCUUUGCCCGUGGUGGCGGUGCCACGCUGCCCAACGACCACCUGACCAUGCCUCUACUGGCCGUGCUCGCGUCCCCGAGGCAGAGGGCGUGCAAAACACGCAGUUGCACCUGCUGGUGCUCAAACACCGCGCUUGUGCUCGGGGACCGGGACUAGCUCGCGGAGUAUGCCGCGCGCUCCGUACGUGCGGGUGCAACGAUGGUGUAUGUGGCCCUGCGGAGGAUGGAGAAGAUGGCCAGGGACUUUUUGAGCCCUGUACCACCCAUCUCCUCGAUGCGUGCGAGGGUUGCGCAUCGUCGCAAUGUCUGAUAGCAAAUCCUCGCCUCAAGCCAUUUGGUGAGAAUGAAAGCUGCAUGGAAAACAUAAGGUUCAAGGCGGAGUACCAGGCAAAGCGGAAGGAAGGAUCAUGGAAGCACAAGGAACCACUGGUGCAGGGACGUAUGGAUUGGCGAGCUUGGAUGACAAACUCUCAUAUGGUCAAAGAGCGCUCGCCAACGAAAGCAGCUGUGCCACAGAGCCACGCCUCAGAACAACACUUCGAGUCAAAAAAGCUGUAUUUGGCCAUUGCAUGGGUACAUAUCAUAGGCCUGCCAGCGGCCAACAGCUUGGGCAGACACAAAGAAUUCUUCAGUGCAGCUCUCGUGUUUCUCAACAACUUUCUUUGUUACCGCCCAGUCUACCUCGCCGACCUUGAAGAUGUGCAACUGCCUACACUGCCCCAAGUACCACUGUCUGUGCCACCAAAUCACCUUCCAGCACAUCCCAGAACAAGCACUCACGCUCUUGUCCUACUCAACCAUGGCACCUCUCAGCACGCCGUACCUAUCCCUCCUACCAGCCAUCGGAUUUGUACCCAUCUUCCUGAUCACGUCAAAGUUGCCUUAUUUGCCCUCACGUCCCGCCAACAUUGGCAAAUUGGAUGCCGCCACAUCAGGUCCUGUAUCAAAGAGUUGUGUAACUGGGCAGGCAAUCGACUCAUCUGCCUCAGGAGCUAUGCCGAGGACCUUCUGCCUGGGCUACUCACAGCUGCUAAGGAAAAAGAGUUGGAAAUGGGCUAUACAUCUGCCGAUGAACUAAUUGACGAGAGCGACAAUGAUGACGACAACUAUGACAAAGAUGGAGAGAUCCACGAAGAUAGUGGGAGCCAUGAAGACAAUGCAAAGACAAAAUCGAUUGGCCACCAUUCAAAUGACCGCAAUGACUGGGACUUGCUUGUGAGUCUCUUAUACCCAGAGUACGCGCACACAAGGCAUGGUAUACAAUCGCGGACACUUGGACCCGAGGCGGUCGGUCUGCGCCAGGUGUACUACAAGGUGCACUUGAGGUGGCCUCAAGCUGAGCAUGCAGAACAAUGGGCUAUCCUGCAAAACCUUUCUCGGCACGAGUAUGUGCAUGGCAAGGCACUCCAGGAGCUCAGGGAUUGCGAUCAUGGACACGAGGAUAAAUAG